GCAACAUGUUUUCAGAAGAUGUCUGCUAGCGGUUCUUCUGAGUCGCCGGAGUUGAAAACAAGAAAUUCUUCCGAAAACUCACGUUGUUCUGAGAGCAAGUACACCCUUUAUUUAUUUAGUAAUAACAAACAUGCUGCAAGUCCGGAUAAUGCUCUGACUGAUAAAGAAAAUACAAGUUCUGCUAAAAUUGAUUCAAAAGCUAGUCAAAAUGAAGAACCAAGUGUUUGUUUGUCACUUCUUGAAGGCAAUCUAAGUGCAGAACAAGAAACUGUUGUUCGCUGUUAUUUAUUGAAAACAUUAUCUGCUCGACAAGAUCUGAGUUUUGAAAAUGAUGGAAAAUAUGCUGAAUUACAAUUUAGUGAAGAGUUGGGAAAAACAUUUGGCUGCUAUUACCAUAGAUUAUCUAAACAUUCCAUAACUGAAACAGAUCCAAAUGAAGAAAAUGGUUCUCCUAAACUACAUACCUUUUUUAUUUGUCUCAUUGGUCCUGCCAAUGGAGUUAUGGAAUCAUUUUGUCCUGAGCUUGGAAAAUUUUGUCACAGUUUAACUCCUUUAUUAGACCCUGAGGGUCUAAAAAAUAAAGAUGAUGUGCAGUUAAAACUGAAGUCGUGGUACAUUUAUUGUAUAGAAUAUGUACAAAGAUGCAUUGAAAAUUUUGGUGAAGAUUUGGUUACUCUACUUCUUUGUUCUCUCUGGGGAAAUGUUGAUGUCAUUUCAGAAGAUGAACAAACAAAGUGGGAUACUGAAAGGUUUUUGGAAACAUGCUGUGUGAUGCCUGUACCUACUGAAAAUGCUAAAGAAACAGCAAUAGAUGAUGCAAGUUUAUCAUUUAUAGUCACUGUAAAGGAUGGAAAAAUUAAAGUCAAUGAGCCAUUAGAUAAUUUUCCGUACUGUUCAAAGUGGUUGGAUAAAUUAAAAAGCUGUCCUUCAACUGAUCAUAUUGGUCAACAUAAUGUUUUAGAAGGAUUUAGACUUAAAACUGUGCAAGAUUUAAAUACCUUAAAAAGAUUGCUGCAAAAAGCACAAACAGAUCAUUAUUCUUUAUAUAGGGCUUACCAGUUUCUUCAAGUCAGUGGCUAUGAAGACAUUUUGCUGCAUCAUGUAAAAAAGGAAGCAAGUAUGGCUGGGGAGAAAGAAGUAUUAGAAAUAAUAUCUUGUCUCCAAGAAUUCUUGAAGAGUAAACAUUCCACAACUGAUAGCAAAACUAAAUGAAUAUUUUCAUGUUUCUAUGUAAUGAUAAGCAUGUCUAAAAUAUAUUUUCAUAUACAUAUUUUAUGUUGAAGAUCUGUAAAAAGUUGCCAGUAUUUCUUUAAUUACAUUUAUUUGUUUUGAAUAUCCCCUUUUUUAAUUUUUCUUCAUGUGAAUUCCAAAAGGAUGAAACAACUUAUGUAAUCUAUGGCUUAUUAGAUUUGUAGAAUAUUAAUCUUUGCUUUAAAAGCUAUGCAAAUUAGAGUGUAAUUUUUACUUUUAUUUAUGUCUUAGUUAUGCAUAC